AUGGGGUUUUUACAUUUGUUGGUGUUUAUACUUCUUGGGGACAGAUUGGGUCCUACAAGACUGGACAUUGUAGUGAAUGGCCAGGCCAGCGAGCGCCGGGUCUUAGCCCACAUUCCUGGUGACAUCAUCAUCGGGGCGCUAUUCUCUGUCCAUCAUCAGCCGCCUGCCGACAAGGUUCAUGAGCGUAAAUGCGGAGCCAUACGUGAACAGUAUGGUAUCCAGCGGGUAGAGGCCAUGAUGCACACCCUGGACCGCAUCAAUGCAGACCCAAACAUCCUGCCCAACAUAACACUGGGUUGCGAGAUCAGAGACUCCUGCUGGCAUUCAGCUGUUGCUCUAGAGCAAAGCAUUGAGUUCAUUCGAGAUACCCUGGUCUCGGCGGAGGAGGAAGAGGGCGUUUCCAAGUGUUCAACUGAAGGUGGAGGUACACCCAUGAAAGGAAAGAAGCCCAUUGUAGGACUGAUUGGGCCUGGGUCCAGCUCUGUGGCCAUCCAGGUUCAGAAUCUCCUACAACUCUUCAACAUUCCACAGAUUGCAUAUUCGGCCACCAGCAUGGACCUCAGUGAUAAGUCCUUGUAUAAGUACUUCAUGAGGGUGGUGCCUUCCGAUGCCCAGCAAGCAAGAGCUAUGGUUGACAUUGUCAAAAGAUACAAUUGGACCUACGUAUCUGCUAUUCACACUGAAGGAAAUUACGGUGAGAGUGGAAUGGAGGCCUUCAAAGACAUGGCAGCAAAGGAGGGUAUCUGCAUCGCCCACUCUGACAAGAUCUACAGCAAUGCUGGAGAGCAGAGUUUUGACCGACUUCUCGAUAAGCUCAGGAGCCACCUACCCAAAGCUCGUGUGGUGGCGUGCUUCUGUGAAGGCAUGACCGUACGUGGCAUCCUCAAGGCCAUGAGACGGCGUCGACUUGUUGGGGAGUUCCUAUUGGUUGGCAGCGAUGGUUGGGCAGACCGCUAUGAUGUCACAGACGGGUUCCAGAGAGAGGCAGCAGGGGGAAUCACAAUCAAACUGCAGUCUGCUUAUGUCACCUGGUUUGACGACUACUAUUUGAACCUGCAGCCAGACUCAAACAGCAGGAACCCCUGGUUUCUAGAGUUCUGGCAGCAUCGCUUCCAAUGCCGGCUGAAGGGUUAUCUGCAAGAGAGCACCAAAUACAACAAGACCUGCACUAAGAAGGAGUCUCUCCGACACCAGUACGCUCAGGACACAAAGAUGGGCUUUGUGAUAAAUGCCAUCUACUCCAUGGCUUACGGUCUGCACGCCAUGCAGAAGUCUCUGUGUCCUGGCUACGCAGGUCUUUGUGAAGCCAUGCGACCAAUCGAUGGAGGUAAACUCUUAGAAUUCCUUAUGAGGACCGACUUCACUGGUGUGUCGGGGGAAGUGGUGCUGUUUGAUGAGAACGGAGACUCUCCGGGGAGAUAUGAGAUAAUGAACUUUAAACAGAUGAGUGAAGAGGACUACAGCUACAUCCAUGUUGGCAGCUGGGACAAUAGCGGGCUGAAGAUGGAUGACGAGGAGAUUUGGGCCAACAGCAGUGCUAUCAUCAGAUCAGUGUGCAGUGAUCCCUGUGAGAAAGCUCAGAUCAAGGUGAUCCGUAAGGGUGAGGUAAGCUGCUGUUGGACCUGCACUCCAUGUAAAGAAAACGAGUUUGUGUUUGAUGAAUACACCUGCCGUGCAUGUGAGCUUGGAUCCUGGCCUACCAAUGACCUCACAGGGUGUGAGCCAAUCCCAGUGCAGUACCUUCUGUGGGGAGAUCCUGAGCCAAUUGCAGCUGUGGUCUUCGCCUGCCUUGGCCUGCUUGCCACCAUCUUCAUCACCUUAGUCUUUGUCAGGUUCCAUGAUACACCUGUGGUGAAGUCCUCCAGCAGGGAGCUGUGCUUCAUCAUUCUGGCUGGUAUCUGUUUAGGGUACCUGUGUACGUUCUGCCUGAUUGCCAAGCCACAUGUGGCCUACUGCUACUUGCAGAGGCUGGGCAUCGGGCUGUCACCUGCCAUGAGCUACUCCGCCCUGGUCACUAAGACCAACCGCAUUGCUCGUAUCCUUGCCGGCAGCAAGAAGAAGAUCUGCACCAAGAAGCCUCGUUUCAUGAGUGCCUGUGCCCAGCUGGUCAUUGCCUUCAUCCUCAUCUUGAUUCAGCUGGGUAUCAUUGUGGCACUCUUCAUCAUGGAACACCCGCAGGUGAUCUACGACUACCCUUCUAUACGCGAGGUGCACCUCAUCUGCAAUACCACCACGCUUGGAGUUGUGGCACCAUUGGGAUACAAUGGGCUUCUCAUUCUCAGCUGCACCUUCUACGCCUUUAAGACUCGAAAUGUCCCCGCCAAUUUCAACGAGGCUAAAUACAUUGCAUUCACCAUGUACACUACCUGCAUUAUCUGGCUUGCAUUUGUGCCAAUUUAUUUUGGUUCAAAUUACAAGAUAAUCACCAUGUGUUUCUCGGUGAGCCUUAGUGCUACCACUGCUCUAUGCUGCAUGUUUGUGCCCAAAGUCUACAUCAUGUUAGCCAAACCGGAGAGGAACGUGCGCAGUGCAUUCACCACAUCGACGGUUGUGAGGAUGCACGUUGGUGAUGGGAAAGCUGCCUCAGCUGCUAGCCGGUCCAGUAGCAUGGCUAACCUGUUCAGACGCAAAGGAUCUGCUACAGACACUGCAAGUUCAAAUGGCAAAACGGUGACCUGGGCACAGAACGAGAGAGGUAACAGGCCAAACCUUUGGAAGCGGAUCUCCAUCCACCUUAAAAAGAAGGAGGAGGCCAAUCAGACAGCCAUCAUUAAGCCUUUCUCAAAGGGCUGCGACCACACACCAGACAUUGGGGUGAAGCUAGCAUAUGAAGGGCCUCAGAAAAACCAGCGCUACCCUGUAUCGUACUGUCCUCGCGCCCCAUCACCACUGCCAACUGUGAGCCAGCGGACUUCUAUGAAGAGAUGCGAAGUGGAAGACCGUGAGGAACAACGUACGGUAGUUCCACUACCUUCAUAUCUAACUGAGCGCUUGCAUCAUGGCGCCCCACCCCAGACCUCCAUCAUGGAUCAGAUCAGCUGUGUGGUCAGCCAUUUCACAGCCAACAUCAGUGAGUUCAACAAUAUGAUGCUGCCCGGUUCCCCACCAGGGACAGCUGUAAUUGUUGCCGCCCCAGUCCCAAGACCCAGUCCCUGUUCCCCUUCUUUCCGCCGGCACCCGCAAGAAUGGCAGCGCCCCUCCACUGUCACAACAUAUGCUGAUGUUGUGGCUUCAGCAAACACCAACCCUCGCUCCGCUGUUGGCAUUGCAGGGGGUAUUAUGGCUAGUGGGAGUAGCAGAGCUUCACCAGCCAGUCUUUUUGAGAGCACCUACGACUCGUCGUGUGCUGUCAGAACCACUGAUUUGGAGGACUUGGGUGCCUUGACUCCCCCUUCCCCAUUCAGAGACUCCUCUGUGGAUUCAGUUAGUGAAUCUCCCACGUCCCCAGCCUCGGAGAUGCCAUUGUGCGAGCCCUGCUCUCCAAUAUAUGACCAGCUGGUGCUUAGGCACUACAGCCAGAGCUCCUCUUCACUCUGAGAGGCUGUUCAGAGGACAGGAAGGGGACAGGCAGCUACUAAGUGUGUGCAUCUGCUUAUAUUGCAAAGCUGAACUGUAAAUGUCAAGGAGUGUAAACUGUUAAUACACAAGCACUCACAGAGAACUAUUUAUGGUGCUUGGAAUCCAGCCCAUCCUCAAAAUACUGAUAGUUUGAGAUCUGCGUUAGGAAAGGCACUUCACAAAAUUACUUUUAAGCUAAUUAAGGAAGUACUUGAUAUGCUCUUGUGUAUAAGAGCACUUGGAUAACUUUCAGGACUUGAAUUUGAUGGUCUCUUGACAAGAUGUAACUGAUGUGAAAGAUUAUGAGUUUGGUUUUCAGCCAGUAUAACAUUCCAACGAUGUCAAACCACAAAGGUGUGGAAACUAACAAUAUUCUGCACCAGGCUACGUACACUGGUGGCCAAAAGUUUGGAAUAAUGUACAUAUGUUGCUCUUAUGGAAAGAAAUUGUACUUUUAUUCACCAAAGUGGCAUUCAACUGAUCACAAUAUAUAGUCAAUAUAUAUAGUUUUGUAUUUUGAAAAAUACAAAAAUGUCAGAACUUCUUAAACUACUAAUCCUCCGCGCAAAAGAUCCGGCCUGGGUAGCUCAGCGAGUAAAGAUGUUAACUACCACCACUGGAGUUUGUGAGUUUGAAUCCCAGGGCAUGCUGAAUGACUCCAGCCAGGUCUCUUAAGCAACCAAAUUGAGGGUAGAGUCACACUCGUGGUCGCUAUAAUUUGGUUCGCUCUCGGUGGGGCGCGUGGUGAGUUGUGCGUGGAUGCCUCAGUGGAUCGCAUGAAGCCACACGUGCUAUGUCUCCGCAGUAACAUGCUUAACAAGCCACAUGAUAAGAUGCACAGGUUGACGGUCUCAGAAGUGGAGGAAACUGAGAUUUAUCCUCUGCCACCCGGAUUGAGGCGAGCCACUACACCACCAUGAGGACUUAGAGUGCAUUGGGAAUUGGGCAUUCCAAAUUGGGAGGAAAAUGUGGAGAAAAAAAAAUCCUCCAUGCGCAGCAAUUACAGCUUUGCGAUCUUUUGCAUUCUAGCAGUCAAUUUGUUCAGAUCCUCAGGUGACAUUUAUGACAUAGAUGUGGCUGCCUUGUCGGGCACUUCUCACGCACCUUACAUCUGAUCCCACAAAUGCUCAAUGGGGUUAAGAUCCAUAACACACUUUUUCAAUUAUCUGUUGUCGAAUGUCUGUUUCUUUGCCAAAUCUAACCUUUCUUUUUGUUUUUCUGUUUCAAAAGUGCUUAUUCUUUGCAGUUCUUCCCAUAAGGCUGCACCCCUGAGUCUUCUCUUUACUGUUGUACAUGAAACUGGUGUUGAGCGGGUAGAAUUCAAUGAAGCUGUCAGGUGAGGACAUGUGAGGCAUCUAUUUCUCAAACUAGAGUCUCUGAUGUACUUAUCCUCUUGUUUAGUUGUACAUCUGACCUUCCACAUCUCUUUCUGUCCUUGUUAGAGCCAGUUGUUCUUUGUCUUAGAAGACUGUAGUGUACACCUUUGUAUGAAAUCUUCAGUUUUUUGGCAAUUUCAAGCAUUGUAUAGCCUUCAUUCUUCAAAACAAUGAUGGACUGAUGAGUUUCUAGAGAAACAGUAAAAUCUGUACAUUAUUCCAAACUUUUGGCCACCAGUGUAACUUAAGUUUUUUUCUGGCCUAAAUAAAAGUGUAAAAGUCUGAAUGUAGGUAGGACCAAACUGAGAUUAAGUCUUUAAAGGAAUAUUCCAGGUUCAAUACAAGUUAAGCUCAAUCGACAGCAUUUGUUGCAUAAUAUUGAUUACCACACAAAUGUAUUUUCACAUGCACCUAAUUGAAGUUAUUGUAAGGCACUUUCAAUGGAAGUGAAUGGGACCAAUUUGUGGAGGGUUUAAAUGCAGAAACGUGAAGCUUAUAAUUAAAAAACAAAAAGCUCAUUAAUUCUUCUGUUAAAACUUUGAGCUGUAAAGUUGUUUAAAUCAUAAUUUUUACAGCCGUUUUUUGGUUUACAGCGUUACGUCUUCAUGGCAAUGAAGUUGUAAAAUUGGAUAUAUACAGUAUUUACACAGAAAAGUUUAGUAAUAUAUUUUAUCACACUAAAAUCAUGUUAACAUAAAAUGUUUACAUCCUGUUGCUAUAAUUUUGAAACAAUGGGUUUUUUAUUGUUUAUGGAUUGGCCCCAUUCACUUUUAUAAGUCAAAUCAAAUCACUUUAUUGUCACACGAACAUAUGCACAAGUGCAACAGUGGGUGAAAGUCUUUUGUGCAGUUAAGAGCCAUACUGUAACUGUGAUUCAUGCAUUCCUUUUUUUAUAAAUUAACGAGUUAAAAAUAUUUUUGUUGGAAUCAAUAACCACAAAUGCUGUUUAUGGAGUUUAACUUGUAUUGAACCCAGAAUAUUACUUCAAGAGCAAAACAUUUGUUUAAAUAUUGAUUAUAAAAAUAAUAAUAACAUUUUACAUCCCUUAG